AUGGCUGUGACCAAGACAAUUGUAGUUCUACCAGGUGACCAUGUUGGUCAAGAAAUCACUGAAGAGGCCAUUAAAGUUUUAAAUGCUAUUCAGGAAUGUCGUCCAGACAAGGUCAAUUUCAAGUUUGAUCAUCAUUUGAUCGGUGGUGCUGCAAUUGAUGCCACUGGUGUUCCAUUACCAGACGAAGCUUUGGAGGCCUCUAAGAAAGCUGAUGCCGUGCUUCUGGGUGCUGUUGGUGGUCCAAAAUGGGGUACUGGCGCUGUCAGACCAGAACAAGGUCUUUUGAAAAUCCGUAAGGAGUUGCAAUUGUAUGCUAAUCUAAGACCAUGUAAUUUUGCAUCUGAUUCCUUACUAGAUCUAUCGCCAUUGAAGCCUGAAAUUGCAAGAGGUACAGAUUUCGUCGUUGUUAGAGAACUAGUGGGUGGUAUUUAUUUCGGGGAGAGAAAAGAAGAUGAAGGUGAUGGUGUCGCCUGGGAUAGCGAAAAGUAUUCUGUGCCCGAAGUUCAAAGAAUCACUAGAAUGGCUGCUUUCAUGGCUCUGCAACACAACCCACCUUUACCUAUUUGGUCUCUAGAUAAAGCCAACGUUCUAGCAUCAUCAAGAUUAUGGAGAAAAACAGUGGAAGAGACGAUUAAGAAUGAAUUCCCACAAUUGACUGUUCAACAUCAAUUGAUUGAUUCCGCUGCUAUGAUCUUGGUUAAGAACCCAACUCAUCUAAAUGGUAUUAUUAUCACAAACAAUAUGUUUGGUGAUAUUAUCUCCGAUGAAGCCUCCGUGAUCCCAGGUUCGUUAGGAUUACUUCCAUCUGCCUCCUUGGCAUCUCUUCCAGAUAAGAAUACGGCAUUUGGUUUAUAUGAGCCAUGUCAUGGCUCUGCUCCAGACUUACCAAAGGGAAAGGUUAACCCCGUAGCAACAAUCCUAUCUGCUGCUAUGAUGUUGAAGUUGUCUCUGGACCUGUUCGAAGAAGGUGAAAUUAUAGAACAAGCAGUCAAGAAAGUGUUGGAUUCUGGUAUCAGAACAGCGGAUCUAAAGGGUACCAACUCUACUACUGAGGUCGGUGAUGCAGUAGCGAAAGCUGUCAGGGAACUAUUAGCUUAG